AUGGCACUUGGUGUCAUGGCGUGUCCACUAGACACCCCCUCCUAUUCUUCGGAAACCAUGAGUCCGACUCUAAGCCCCUUAAACCCCGGGAACGAGAAUGAAAGCGACAAGGCCAGCGACAGCGGCUUCAGCAACGACAUCGAGACCCCCGCCGCCGCCGCCGCCGCCGCCGCCGCCACCGUCGGCGGUCUCGACAUAUCGCGCCUUUGUUUCGAAUGCCGCUGGCAGAACUGCGGCAAGGUCUUCCGCAGACCGAGUGAUCUGACCAAACAUGAAAGAUACCACAUCAAGGAGUACCUAUGCGACGAGACCGGCUGCGACAAGGCCUUCGCCACCAUGAAGGACCUCAAACGGCACAAGAAGACGCACGAGACCCUCGACGGCGACAGCUCAGGCUACCGCUGCCGCGUGCCGGGAUGCCGGAAGGCAAAGACCGGGCACGUCUACAACCGCCGCGACAACUUCGUCCGCCAUCUCCGGACCAAGCAUGUGGGGAUGGACUUUGACGUCAGGGAAGAAUAUGAUAUGACGUACUGA